ACCGUCUGACAGGCCGUGCAGUCUAACAACGGACGGUGCGUGCAGAAAUACUCGGUAACGAUCGAUUGGUUGAUUGGCUGCUCAGUUUCCUGUAAUGAGUAUCUACACCGUCUCUUAGCCAGCAAAGACUGCAAUCCCCCACCCUCUUGAAAUGAAGCCUGGCCAUGUGGCUUGCGGGGGCCAGUGAACUACAAGUGGAAACGCCGUGCCACGUGUCCAGUAGGAAGAAGUGAUAUCCUCCCCAGACCAUCUGCUUUGGGGAGCUUGGCAAAACUCUCCAGCAAAAUGAAACGACUCACGUGCUUUUUCAUCUGCUUCUUUCUUUCUGAAGUACCAGGCUUCGAAAUCCCCAUAAAUGGACUUUCUGAGUUUGUAGAAUAUAAAGAUCUGGUGGAACUGGCCCCAGGAAAAUUUCAAUUUGUGGCAGAGAACCAGAGAUAUCAGAGGAGCCUUCCGGGAGAAUCGGGAGAAACCUUGGAAGAGGUUGAUCAAGUAACUCUUUAUACCUAUAAAGUCCAGUCCACCAUCACUUCUCGGAUGGCCACCACCAUGAUCCAGAGCAAACUGGUGAACAACUCCCCGCAGCCUCAGAAUGUCAUGUUUGAUGUUCAGAUUCCCAAAGGAGCCUUCAUUUCCAACUUCUCCAUGACUGUGGAUGGCACAACAUUUAGGAGUUCUAUUAAGGAGAAAACUGUGGGCCGAGCUCUCUACGCACAGGCCAGAGCAAAAGGCAAGACGGCUGGCUUGGUGAGGAGCAGGGCUCUUGACAUGGAAAACUUCAGAACAGAAGUCAAUGUCCUCCCAGGAGCAAAGGUGGAGUUCGAGCUUCACUACCAGGAGGCGAAGUGGAGGAAGCUGGGCUCCUACGAACACAGGAUCUAUCUGCAGCCCGGACGGCUGGCCAAACACUUGGAAGUAGACGUGUGGGUUGUAGAACCUCAGGGAAUGAGAUUUCUUCAUGUUGCUGACACAUUUGAAGGCCAUUUCGAUGGUGUUCCAGUCAUUUCUAAAGGACAACAGAAGGCUCACGUCUCCUUCAAGCCCACAGUAGCACAGCAGAGAAUAUGCCCCAACUGCCGGGAGACUGCGGUAGACGGGGAACUGGUGGUGCUGUAUGACGUGAGCAGAGAAGAGAAGGCUGGUGAACUGGAGGUGUUUAAUGGAUAUUUUGUCCACUUCUUUGCUCCUGACAACCUGGACCCAAUUCCCAAAAACAUCCUCUUUGUCAUCGAUGUGAGUGGCUCGAUGUGGGGAGUUAAAAUGAAACAAACUGUGGAAGCAAUGAAGACCAUAUUGGAUGACCUCAGAGCGGAAGACCAUUUCUCUGUGGUUGAUUUCAACCACAACAUUCGAACUUGGAGGAAUGAUUUAAUUUCAGCUACAAAAACACAGGUUGCAGAUGCCAAGAGGUAUAUAGAGAAAAUCCAGCCCAGUGGAGGCACAAACAUCAACGAGGCACUCCUGCGGGCCAUCUUCAUUUUGAAUGAGGCCAAUAACAUGGGACUGCUGGACCCCAACUCUGUCUCGCUGAUCAUCCUGGUUUCUGAUGGAGACCCAACAGUGGGUGAACUAAAACUGUCAAAAAUCCAGAAAAAUGUGAAGGAGAACAUCCGUGACAAUAUCUCCUUAUUCAGUUUGGGCAUGGGAUUUGACGUGGACUAUGAUUUUUUGAAGAGACUCUCCAAUGAAAACCGUGGAAUUGCUCAAAGGAUUUAUGGAAACCAGGACACAUCCUCCCAGCUUAGGAAAUUCUACAACCAGGUCUCCACUCCAUUGCUCCGGAACGUUCAGUUCAACUAUCCCCAGACAGCAGUCACAGACGUCACUCAAAACAGUUUCCACAACUACUUUGGAGGUUCAGAGAUUGUGGUGGCGGGAAAAUUUGACCCUGCUAAAUUGGACCAAAUACAGAGCAUUAUCACUGCGACUUCGGCUAACACGGAGUUAGUCUUGGAGACCCUGGCCCAGAUGGAUGACUUGCAGGAUUUUCUAUCAAAAGACAAGCAUGCAGAUCCCGAUUUCACCAAGAAACUGUGGGCCUAUCUAACCAUCAACCAACUGCUAGCUGAACGAAGUCUGGCUCCUACCGCUGCUGCCAAGAGAAAAAUUACAAGAUCCAUCCUGCAGAUGUCUCUGGACCACCACAUUGUGACUCCGCUGACCUCGUUGGUGAUUGAGAAUGAGGCCGGGGAUGAGCGCAUGCUGGCGGACGCCCCGCCCCAGGAUCCCUCCUGCUGCUCAGGGGCCCUGUAUUACGGCAGCAAAGUGCCUUCAAGUUCCAUCCCGUCUUGGGCCAGUCCUUCCCCAACACCCAUGACCUCCAUGCAGGCAGAAGGAGCUAAGGUGCUGGAGUCCACGCCACCCCCACAUGUGAUGAGAGUUGAAAAUGACCCACACUUCAUCAUUUAUCUGCCAAAAAGCCAAAAGAACAUUUGUUUCAAUAUUGACUCCGAACCUGGAAAAAUCCUCAACCUGGUUUCUGACCCAGAAUCAGGAAUUGCAGUCAAUGGUCAGCUUGUUGGUGCCAAGAAGCCCAACAAUGGAAAACUAAGCACCUAUUUUGGGAAACUGGGAUUUUAUUUCCAAAGUGAAGACAUGAAAAUAGAAAUCAGCACCAAGACCAUCACCGUGAGCUGUGGUUCUAGCACCUCCACCUUGUCCUGGGCCGACACUGCUCAAAUCAUGAAUCAGAGGGUGCUGACCUCAGUAAAGAAAGAAAAAGCGGUAACUAUCACCGUGGGUAAAGAGAUGUCCUUUUCUGUUUUACUGCAUCGGGUCUGGAAGAAGCAUCCCAUCAAUGUCGACUUUCUGGGAAUCUACAUACCCGCUACAAACAAGUUUUCACCCACUGCACAUGGACUAAUAGGCCAGUUCAUGCAGGAGCCAAAGAUACACAUCUUCAAUGAGAGACCGGGAAAGGACCCCAAGAAGCCAGAGGCCAGCAUGGAAGUGAAAGGACAGAAGCUGAUUGUCACCAGAGGCUUACAGAAAGACUACAGAACGGACGUGGUGUUUGGAACGGAUGUCCCCUGCUGGUUCGUGCACAACAGUGGGAAAGGCUUCAUCGACGGGCAUUACAAGGAGUACUUCGUGCCUCAGCUCUACAGCUUUCUCAGACGCCCUUGACAGUUUCCAGUUUGGGAAAUUAUAUAUAUAUAUAUAUAAGUAUACAUUUUCCCAGUCACUUUUGCAAAUAUCCUUCGGUUUGAAUAACUAAAACCAACCAGGUAUCGGGUGGUUUACAAAGCCUGUAAACACAGCUGAAGAAAAUAAACAUUUUCAAAUGA